AAAAAUACCUUUAUCUACAGGGAGAUCCUCGUCGGGACAGGACACACCGGGUCGUCAUCGCGUGACAACGAGACGCGCGCGCGAGAAAGAGAGGGCGAGACGCGUGUAAGGGUUACCUUUGAGUGUGAAGAAUUGUCUCGCCGCCGGGUGCCGGCGCCACGCGACGUGUCAGUAACCUCCAAAUAACGGGGUGGAAGCGCAACGGGGGGAGGGUGGUGGGAGUGCGAGGAGGUGAGGAACAAGUGCCGAUAGAACGCACACACGUGUGCGCGCACACACAGACAUCCACAUAGUAUAGACAUAGAAAGAGAGGGGGUAACUUUUAACAAGAUUCGUCGGGUUUCGCCUAAUUAACGGCACGGUUAUACGCUCUCGAUAACUGCGAACGGAUUAUAUCGCGUGCUGCGAUCGAGGCCGAAGUCGGGCUGACUGACGAAAAUUAAAGGGAACGGCGGACUGUGUAUACUCCAAGGCGCAUUUCGCUGCGUUUCAACGUGUUACACAGGACUCUCCGGCGGCGAGAGACGGCGAGAGUCGGCAAGAGGGCGAGAGAGAGUGGAGAAACGAAGGGUGGAACGAAUAUAAGUAAGAAGGGAGCAUGAGAAGGGGAUGAAGGAGGGGAGAAGAAGUCUAUACUCUUGCCCCGUGGAAAAAUUAGGACUGAUUAUCGUAUUCUGGCUAUGAGACCGUCGUUCUGCCCGGAGAAGUGAGAUCGCUCACCGCUAUCUUGACUCGGUAACGCGAUGUUAACGAGAAAACUACAUUAAUACGGCCACUUCGAGGCGAGACGCGGGUUAUUUUGAUACCAGAGGAGCUUUUCGGGCAAGAGAAGAGACGAAGCUGAACGAACAUGGGGUGCAACACCAGCAAGGACAGCUUCCAGCCAGCGGUGGACGAGGCGAAGGAGGACUCCGUGAAGAACGGGGAUAUCUCGAAAGCGGCGGAAGACGGUGCAGCGAGAGCAGACUCGGACAAGGAGAAGGACACCGAAGACGAGAAGGAGAAGGAGGCCGCGGCCACCAAGAUACAAGCGGUUUUCCGUGGACACUGCGCCAGGAAGAGUCUGAAGCAGCCGUCGGAUAAAGGAGAGCCAGAUACCGAGGAGACCGAGGUGUCUACAAAAGAGCAGCUCGUGAAGGAAUUCCCUGUCAACGACAAGGAGCUGUUUAACGCAGCGACCAAGAUACAAGCAACCUUCCGGGGCCACAUGUCGAGAAAGGAGCAGGCCGCGUCCGCUGCCGCCAAAUCGGCGAUGAACAUGGUCGGCAGCGCAGCCGCUAAGAUAGAAGAGAAGAUGCAGGACGCCGUGCACGAGUUAGAGGGGAUCGACUUGGCCGAUCCGGACCUGCACAAGGCGGCGACUAAGAUACAAGCGAGUUUCCGCGGUCACAAGGUCCGCCAGGAGGUCAGCAUGCAUUGUACUGCCGACGAGUCUAAAAAAUAAGACGCUUACGCGAACGCAGGAAUGCCGGGGGAUAGAUAACUAACUUAUUAAAGAGCCAGUGCCAUUCUUAACAGGUUGACAAUGCCAGCCGCCCCUGCCCCGCCCCCCGCAAAACCAACAAUCCCACACCAUCCUACCCUCUUUUUCUUGUACCUUAUUAUGAUGCAGCAAAACGCGAAUUAGUGAGUCGUGUGCGUAAAACGUACGAGGCAUUCCUCUUGCGAGAUGAAAUCAUCGAGACAAUUUCCCGAUCGUUAGCUCGCCGAGCCGAGCCGAGUCGAGUUGAGUCGCCAGUUGUAAACAACGAUACCGUUUAUUUUAUGUUCAUUGCGACAAUUAACACAGCCUUCGCCCGGGACCAGUGAGACUUACGCGCGUAAGCUUAUACUGUACUUUGGCUAGAAAUGAAGAUCUCUCAAACAAUGUAUAUGCAGGCUGAGGCACAAUGGGAACAUCUCAAUAUUUCUAUUAUUUACGAAUACAUAUGUACCUAUAUAUGAAGAAAAAAGAAUUGUCACGGAACGAACGAGUCUGCGCAAGGGCAGGAUAUACGGCGAGUAAGUGGAGAGAAAGAAGCGUUGUUCCUCUCGAGCCGAGUCUUCUAGACCGAUAGAUUAAUUUUUUAUCGAGCCAACGUUUGCUUUCGAGCUGCCCACAUUUUUCAUGGAUUACGAUAGAGAGAGAGAGACGAGACGAGCGGAUUUUUCCGACAGACGACGGUAUCGCGGCAUAAGUUACGUGAAGCGCAGCAAUAGGAGAAGAAAGAAGGACGUAGAUAAAAUGGAAGUGAGAGGGGGAGAGAUAAUCUCUGCGAGUACUCGACGAGACACGGAGCUGUGCCUCGCGAGACCGGGAGAGACGGAUUAACAAGAGAACGCGAACUCUCCUCGCGUCCUGAUCCUCGAAAUUCGGAGGAAUCGCGAACGAUCGGUUAGAACUUUCACGUUUUAUACGCACGACACCAAAGAACAGAGCAUACACAUUAAGAGAAACGCGUACCAAUGAUUCAACGCACGAACACGUACAAGUUCCUGUAUUUGUAAUCGAAAUAAACGGUAUGGUUGUGGCGCCUCCAAUUUUAAACUUACGAAUAACGAUGAGAAAGAGAAAGAAAGAGAGAGAAAGAGAGAGAGAGAGAGAGAGAGAGAGAGAGAGAGAGAGAGAGAGAGUGUGUGUGUGAGUUGCAUACGGCUGUCUUUUUCGAGCAUUCUUUACUACGAAGUAUUUUCGAAGCACGGUUUUUAUUGUUAACCCUUUCACGUUCCUGAUUUGCCAAACGUCGCACGAGAUAAGCAAAAUAUGAUGACCAACUGUGCGUUAUCGGCUUUUUAACCACAUCUUUCCACGCUUAUAAUGCUUUUCCUCCUUGCUCUUUCUCCCUCCAGAGUUCGAUGUAUGUAUAUACAUUUCAUUUUCCGUUUUCCGCUUUAAACGCGGAAAAUGUAAAGACGUGUCUUCGGCAAGAAAGUAAUAACAUGGACAAUGACCUAAAAACACAAGAUAAGUCGAAGACUACUCUUCGAUCGUCACAUUCAACCUGUUAACUUUAGAGAGGGACCGUGUGAGUUUCAAGAAAUACUUUUCCGCAUACCUGUCGAGUAUAAGAGGGACUAAUCCCACACUUUUGAGUAAUUUUUCCAAACGCACGUAGAGUAAGAAGACAUCUUACUGUACUUGCGUUACAAAUGCAAUAAAACCUCUAUUUAACGGAAAGCAUGAUGAUGGCGGUGGGCUUCGGAAGCUUCGAGGAGCAAAGUCCAUAAUUAUAUCCACAGAUACGUAGAACGAUGAUCUGUGGAGCUCCCUACUAAUAUUCUCUCCAAUAUUAACUCGAUAUCGCUCAAGCGCAUUUUCGCAGAUGCUUCUCACGCGUUAAUGUACCGAAGGCACCUAAAAUAAUGCGCUUAGAAAACAGCAUGUGCGAUUUCGUCGACCUGUUCGCUCGAUAAUGGAGCGGCCAAAUCAGCCAUUAAAUAGAGGUUCCCCGUACUAUCUCUAAUCGACUAAAAGCGUGCGUGAAAUGCAGGAUUCGCUGCUACUCGAAAGAAAGCUUGUGGAGGGAAGUCCGACAAAAUCGCGUUCCUUCCAAUCGCGAUCUCUUCGAGCUCAACAACAGUUUACGCGCACGUACCAAAGUUAAAGCGCGACACUUUCCCUCGACGAUUUAGCUCGCCCGAUAGAGGAAAGAAAUUCUCUUUGUAAUCGACUGCUAACUCUGUUUAACUUCGCGUUUCAAUAAUUUGCUAACCUUCGUUAACUUUCUGUCGAGUGGGCGAUCUAGCCUAUGACCUCGAAAGGCAAUUUAUUUUACCAGGCCUAAAGCAUUCGUCCGCGUACGCUCGCGCGUAUCGAUCUCACCUCUUGUGUGUAUGCGUGUGUGUGUGGUGUGUAAAUGUGUGUGUGUGUGUGUGUGUGUGUGCGCGCGAACGUGGCAACGAGUGGUCGGUGAAAACGAUUCAAAAUACAGAGGGCAGCAAGCCGGAUAACGCGAUCUUGCACAACUGGAUCACUCCAGCUAUAAACUGUACGUUCUUCAAUGCCAGCUUUACUCGUCCACGAAGCAGGGUACUGCGAAUUUAUUAUUUCGACUUUCUUCGUCCACACAGAGUUUUUCUACCGAGCGGAUAUUGCUUUGGUCUUCGCAAAUUUGCGCGAUUUUUGUAUGUACCGAUAAAGGAGUCGGAAGAGAAGACAUUCGUGAAUUACGCGUCGAGAGCAAUUCGCGCGACAUUUUCCGUGUGCGUGUGCGCGUGUGUAUGUGUUUGUGUGUGUGUGUAUAUGUGCGCGCGUGCAUGCGUGCGUGCGUAUUACACGUUUAAAACCGGCUGUCAGAAAAAGAUAACUGCACGUUGCGAUCGCGACGAAAUUCUGCAGUUCGACGUAGUAACAUCUGCUGCAAAAGAGCGAAUGUGUCGGGCGAUAUCUUCUCAAUCGUUUUAUUUUGCACGUAAUAUCUUCGCGCGCGAUUGGUAUCGAUUGCGAUGGUACGUGCAGCUAUUGUACAACAGCCGGCGAGAUAUAUAAGAUAUAUAGUUGAACGUAUUAUUCAAUAUCCGAUACUUUUUGCUUUCGAGUACACCGUUUCCCACACAAUUCCCGUACCUCACGUUCCUUCCUCUCUCAAUUUCUGAUGAUCCCCCCGAAUUUCACGAUGGUAAUUUUCGAUUUCCAGAGUCGAAGGCAGCUUGCUACAGAGCAAAUCCUCCAGUUUUUCUUAUUGCAAUUACGUUUCACACAUAGUUUUCAGUUCCCGGUUUCCAAUUCUUAAUCACUAUAAACGAAUAUUGUGUCUUGAAUCACACGAUUACACGGAUUACUCAUAGGUUGUCUACGAUUGUCGCUUGUAGAAAGUUGAAACGAAGCUUUGGCUAUCGUCGAAAAUGAUCUACCGUCGAGCAACGUUGUAUGUGUUUCACGUCGGAGUGACUAUUGCGGACGAAUAACAUUUGUUAUUAACGUCAUAUACAUUAGUGUAGAAUGGAACGUUGCGCGACGAAUAAUAGACAUUUUUGUCGAUACGUUACUUUAUCACGUAUAAAUAGUUUAGUGGUGCACACACAAGAAGUUGUGGUAAAAUAUAUUGUAAGAAUGUAAUAAAACAACCGUACUACUGAAA